AGCACCAGCUCAAACAGCCUCUUUGGAGAAAACUUGAGAACUCAUCCACUCGCUCCAGAGGUCUUGUACGAGCCUAAGUUCCCGAGCUUCUUAGCGUGAAUAUGGCUGAGUAUCAGGACCGCUCACUGAGGAUUGUUCUGGUAGGGAAAACCGGAAGUGGGAAAAGUGCGACAGCAAACACCAUCCUCGGAGAGAAAGUCUUCGCAUCUAAAAUUGCUGCCCACGCUGUUACCGAGAAAUGUCAGAAAGCAUCCCGGGAAUGGAAGGAGAGAGAACUUCUUGUGGUUGACACCCCAGGGCUCUUUGACACCAAAGAAAGCCUGCUUACCACUUGCAAGGAAAUCAGCCGCUGUGUUCUCUUUUCUUGCCCAGGGCCUCAUGCCAUUGUCCUGGUCAUGCCACUGGGCCGCUUCACGGAAGAAGAGCAGAAAACCGUUGCAUUGAUCAAGGCUGUCUUUGGCGACGCAGCCAUGAAGCACAUGAUUAUUUUGUUCACCCGCAAAGAAGAGUUGGAGGACCAUAAACAAACUCUAGACGAUUUUGUAAAAGAAUCUGUGAACCUGAAAGGUAUCAUCAAGGAGUGUGGGGGCAGGUACUGUGCCUUUGGCAACAGCCCCGCAACAGAUAAGGUGGAGAAGGAAAGUCAAGUGUGGGAGCUGGUGGAGCUGAUAGAUAGGAUGGUGGAAAAAAAUGGCGGCUCUUACUUUUCUGAUGCCAUAUACAAGGACACAGAGGAAAGGCUGAGGCAACAGGCAGAGGUUUUGAGGACAAUGUACACUGAUGAAUUUAAUGAUCAAAUUAAAAAAAUAGAAAAAGAAUAUGCUCAUGAAUCAAAAGAAGAAAAAGAGAAAAAGGAAGAAUCAGCAAGGAGGAAAUAUGAUGAAAAAAUAGGAAACGUAAGGAAAGAGGCUGAGAGUAAUGUAUUUGAAACAAUUCUAAAUAUGAUUAUGAAAAUUCUUUCAGGAAUAUGGAGUGGGUUUUGGAAGUGACAUAAAUUUAAUUAUUUCUCCUUAACUUACUAUGAUUUGUUAGUGUGUCACAUUGUAUUUUUCAAAGAUGGUUGCAACAAUGCCUCCUGCCUCCCAGCUUU